UGUGUGUGUGUGUGAGAGAGAGAGAAAAAGAGAGAGAGAGCAGCAUUCAUUCUUCCACUUCUCAGCAGACAGCGUUCUACAGGGGAGAGCAACAAAACAAGGCAAAUUGGAAGGGGAAAAAUAGAGAAUAUUAUACAAGAAGAGUUCGCUAUCCACUUCUACCUCCUAUUGGGUGGUGAGAGGUGUCUGAAAGUUUGCACUCUGGGGGACCCCUCCCCCCAAUGCUGGGCUGAACAGAGGACAGCUCCCAUCUUCGAGGUGUGGAGAGCACAGACUACCUCUAGUCAUUUUCAGGGAAGCCAGUGCGCACGAGGAGUGUUCUCCCUCUGUGGAUCUCGCAAUUAAUCGCUGCCUGCCUGUCUGUAACAAAAGAGGAGAAGAUCCAAUCAGCGUUUGGGUUUAAUAAGGUGGAAUACCAAAGGGACGCAACAGAAAAGAUACAGCACAACCAGGGAAAUAAAGGAAGUAGGAGCACACAGCAGUGAAAGACAUCAUUUAGAGAAGGGAAAAAAAACGCUUAACGGUAUUUUGUUCCAGGUGAACUUGAGAAGCAUCCUUUUCUUUUUUGGAGCUCUCAGCUUCAGUCAGCUAAUCUUGUGGACUAUUGGAUCCUGGAUGGCAUUUCAAGACUGACUGUUCCAUGGCCCCUCAUCUUCUGUCUUCUUCGCCGGAAAAGAACCAUGUAGUCUGAACAUCUUCUGAUAUGACAUCGGAAUCUUGAAAUAAGUGACCUGUGUAUUCCACUGGGGAUUUUUAACUACUCUUUAGUCACACUCUAUGGACAUCUACUAUCAGAGACCCUGCCAGAUAUAGAAGCCUGAAAAACAGUGAUAACUGGGGGGGAAAGAACAGGCCAUGGCUGAGAGGAUGAUUGCUUCUCAAAGUGAGCCGUGACAGAAUGGUCGACUGUAUGAGUAAAGUCAUGCUGCACACGGCCCUCUCAUGCUGGCAACCGUUCCUGGGACUGGCUCUUGUGGCCGUCUUCGUGGGUUCCGCCUUGGGAUGUCCCGCCCGCUGCGACUGCUCGGCCCAGAGCAAGUCGGUCCUGUGCCACCGCAAACGCCUACCUAGCAUCCCAGACGGUAUCCCCAUCGAGACCAGGAUCCUGGACCUGAGCAAGAACAAGCUGCAGGCCGUCAACCCGGAUGACUUUGCCCCCUAUCCUGGUCUAGAGGAUUUGGACCUCAGUGGGAACAUUAUUAGCUAUGUGGAGCCGGGGGCCUUCAACCCUCUGUACAGUAUGCACUCCCUUAGUCUCAAAAGCAAUCGUAUUAAGCUCAUUCCUAUGGGUGUCUUCACAGGCCUGUCCAACCUCACCCGGUUGGAUGUCAGCGACAACAAUAUUGUCAUCCUGCUGGACUACAUGUUCCAGGACUUGAACAAUCUGAAGUUCCUGGAGGUGGGUGACAAUGACCUAGUGUACAUCUCCCACCGGGCGUUCAGUGGACUGCUGAGCCUAGAGACUCUAACCCUGGAGAGAUGCAAUCUGACAGUGGUGCCUACUGAGGCCCUGUCCCACCUGCACAACCUGGUAAGACUUCACCUGCGAUACCUCAGCAUCAGCACCUUGCAUGCCUACUCCUUCAAGAAGCUGUUCCGAUUGCGCCACCUGGAGAUUGACAGCUGGACCUCGCUGGACAGUGUGCCGGCCAACACGCUGCACGGCCUCAAUUUGACCACGCUUUUCAUCACCAACACCAACCUAUCCACCUUCCCAUAUCAGGCGAUCAAGCACCUGCACUACCUGACGCUCCUCAACCUGUCCUUCAACCGCAUCAGACACAUCGAAGGCAGGAUGCUGUCGGAGUUAGUGCACCUAAGGGAACUGCAUCUGGUCGGGGCUCAAUUGUCGACUGUUGAUCCGUACGCAUUUCAGGGCCUCCGGUGGCUCAAGGUUUUCAACGUCUCCCACAACCGUUUGGACACCCUGGAGAAGGGUGUCUUCCAAGCUCCUGAGGCUCUGGAGGUACUCUUGAUCGAUGACAACCCCCUGGUUUGCGACUGCCGCCUCAUGUGGAUCCUGCAGAGGAGACAGUCCAUCUACUUUGGUGACUCGCAGCCGGAGUGCAGUACCCCCGAGGGCAUCCGCGGCAGGCCUUUCAGGGAGUUCAAGGAGACCCUGCUCUCCUACUAUGUGACGUGCACCAAGCCCAAAAUACGGGAGAACAAGACGCAAACAAUUGCCGUAGACGAAGGUCAGCCAGUGAGACUGUACUGCAGUGUUGAGGGGACCCCCAGGCCGGUGGUGUCGUGGCUGUCCCCACGCCGGCGCCUCCUCACCAACAAGAGCCACGGUAGAGUCAUGGUCCACAACAAUGGGACGCUGGAGAUCAAGGCAGCCGAGGUGCAGGACGGCGGGGUGUACCUUUGCAUGGCAACCAACACUGCGGGUAAUGACUCAUUAAUGACCUCCCUAGCAGUGAAAAGCCUGGGGUCGCUCUACGCAAACAGGACCCAGUACUACACAGAUCCCAGCAAUGCCACUACCAAUGGGACUAUCAACGUGACCUACGGCUUGGACCUAAAGACUAUCUUAGUGUCGACAGCAAUGGGUUGUUUCACAUUCCUGGGGGUGGUUUUGUUCUGCUUCCUCCUCCUGUUUGUUUGGAGUCGGGGCAAAGGGAAGCAUAAAAACAACAUAGAUAUUGAAUACGUACCUCGGUCCAAGUCUAAUGGCACCUCUUUAGAUGGAGGAGCGGAGGGGGAAGCUGGACCCCGUCGCUUUAACAUGAAAAUGAUCUAACAUGGUUUGUGAAUCUGGGAAUCCAAAUGUUGGGAAUAAUCUAAGGAUUAUUUAACUUCUGAAUUUCCCACUACUGCAUGAGAAUGCUACAGGGAAUGGAAAUAGCACUGCAGAGUGCCAUAACAGGACACAGGAGUGCAGUCUCAAAUCAUUCCAUCUUAUUGGAUGCAAUGCUACGACAUUGUGACGUAUGUUUUUGCACAGUUGUCAGUGAGCCUGUCUAACACGGAUCCUCCGAAAUGAACUUAAUUGCUACCCAGGUGACCUGUAAGGAAAAGGUGUCAGUAAUCAAGCUUUUCAAAUUCAAUUUAUAUACCCAAGAGGAAUCCAUAAGUGCUGGGUUGGAAUUAAAGACACUACAGAACCGUGUACAGUACAAAUUUGUAUCUAAAAGUAUUACUCUUAUUUGUUUGGUCUUGCACCAUGCUUACUCACAGAACUGACUGAUCAAACUGAGCAUCAUUCCCUCCGACCAUAAUCUUUGCAUAUGUGUACGUAAAUGCUUCAUUAUGUACGUGUAUGUACAUAUUCAUUAAAAACAAACUGUUCAUAGCAAUACUCAUGGAAUGCAACGUCAGCCAAAAUCUCAAUUCCCCCAACCUAAUAAGCAAAAUUGUAACUCCCCACUUAAGAAAUUGUCCAUGAAAAUAGGAAAGGGCUUCUACAGGAUUGCAACGUCACACUGGAGAAAAGAUACCUGUUCCCCUAAAUAUUUUAUUUGAUUUAUUGUCAACCAUAAAUGAAAAUGUAUUUUAUUUAUCAAAGUGGUUUGAGGUUUUUUUUAAAGUUAGUAUUAUAACACUAUUCUGGGGAGUAAUAAAUACUUUUGAGGUUCUUGAAGUUGACAGAGAACCUACAAAGACCACUUUUUCAUCCUAUUUUUGUCUUUUUAUUACUUUUACCGAAACCUUUGCCUAAUGGCAAGAUACAUGUGUCCAUCUUGCUGCAGUGAAGUUGAUAUCUUCUCUCCCCAGUAAGACAUUUUGACUCUGUUGUGGUAGUUCCUCAUUUGGUUGUAGAAUCAUUUAGAUUGUGACAAGUUCAAAGUAAAAAAAAAAAUCAUGUAUGUGAAAUAAAAUAAGAUUUAUUUGUAACAUUUAGUGUGUCUACAUAUUGACUACAAUGACAAAGCUAAAUUGGGUAUUUAUCAGUAUAUAGUAUUACUAUACUGCCUGUUGAACAUCUGGAAACAGCAAAGUAACACUAACAGGGAAAAGCCAUAUGGUUGAAUAAAAUUGUUAAAUUGGAACAUUUCAAAUAUCAAUCACUGGUAUUAAAGAAAGUGAAUUGUA